AUGAGACCACGCAGCAAAAAGACCAAAGCCGUCAACAUCUUUACUCAAAUCCCUCAGGACCUAGUGAUCGAGAUCAUUGGUAGAUUACCUAUAAAAUCCAUAGCUAGAUUUCUCCUAGUAUCCAAGUUAUGGGCAAGGAUCAUUCGUCGUCGAGAUUUCAUAAAAUCUUUCCCGUUUAGGUCUUGUUCCUCGCAGCCUCGUCCGCUAGUCGCUCUCAUUGACAUAGAUCCUCGAAGGGAACCCCAAGGCUGGUACUUGUUCUCGCCUUCUUCGUCAUCAUCAAUCUCUUUUCUCUCACGUGCGGCAUUUCCCUUCCCAAAACCUACCUCCUGGACGUACCAUUNGCAUUAUGUUAAUGGCUUACUAAGCAUCGGCAGUGGUCAAAAACAAAUCAUAGUUAACCCUAGCACCGGUAAGCCCGUACCUUUACGUAGAGUCAAAACCAGGAGAAAGAUCGCAAAAACAUUUUUCGGGUAUGUUCAGCUAAUGAUGAGUACAAAGUAUUGUGCAUGA